AUGGAACCAGGGAGCGAGCUUGGAUCGAGUCUGGUGUCAUCUCGACGUCGAACAGCACCGCUCGUACCGGUGGAACUACGUCUGGUAAUUGUACCGGUAAUGCGUCCCACUCAUAAUGUCUGCCAAGGAGACGUGGAGGCGGUGCGUAGCCGCGCUUCUCGCGUUUCCUCGAUGGACGAGAUUGGCUACAAUGGUGACGGCAGUGUCGCGGAUGAUGUUCGAGACGCACUCGAUGACGCCUUGUGCAACGACGUUGCGGCAAACUUCGCCCUAUUCGGACGCUUCGACACCCAGUGGAUCGUACACGCACAGGUGGAUGAUCUGUCGUUCUCAGGGACUGCAGGAGGUAGAUCAUACAACCUGAACGGGGCCAGUUUGCGAGGGCCAAAAAGUGCCUUGGUGACGCGUUGUCUUGGCAAUCGGUUCAGCGCGCAGAUAUCCGUUUUUUUGCCUGCAAUCGACAUGGCACCCCAGUAA